AUCGAGUAACUUGUAAUCCUUGUAAUGAAGAAUUAAAGUGUAAGUUAAAACAAUUACAUCUGAUUCUCUUUCGAAGCUUUCGAAAUGCUAACCGAAAAUACAUUUUGUCGCCUCUAUAAAGUUUUCCCGGUACUUCAAAAUAAGAUUCGAAUCGUUCCUGCCACGGAUCACAACAUAUCUCAAAUAGCGACUGAGCUAGCGCAAACUCAACUGCUUCCUGUCAUAUAUGAAACCAUUUUCAUCAAAAUCGAUCGACUACUUCGACACGAAACAGUUCCUCGCUUCUGGGCGCACUUUGAUGCUUCACGCAAAGAAUCGCCCACAAAUGGCCAGGAAACAAAUAGAAAUUUUUUUCGCUUUCAAGAAGCUGUUCAAAAGCUCUACGGUGAUUUCGGGCAGUAUUAUCUACAGUUGAAAAGACUGGAAAAAAUACGUCAACUUGUACCACUUCCGGAGCAUUUGGCCAAGAAACCGACUGACAUAAGUGAAUUUAUUCGGAUGUUCCGAUGCGCGCUUUUGGCACAGUUACCGAUAGAUUUCAAUUGGCUGGUAUAUGAGUUUUACAGCGUAGCCUUCAAGGUGUUUGCUUUGAAUCACGCCGAGAGUGAUGAGUAUAUGGACGUUCCGGACUCGUUUCAAUGCUCUGCUUGUGGUUUAGAAUCUGAGCACUGCCAAUGUCAGAAUUUGGCCAGUGCAUUCACUAGCACCAAUCGGCAGCUAGCUAUAAUGGGUCUAUUGGACAAGAUUGCUGGUUUCACAUUAACGAUGUUAAUUCAUGAGCGCAUUGACGCAAAGAUUGGCGAAACGAAGGAUAGCUUUUCGGUGUCUCAUAUAGAAAGCCUUGAGCGCUGGUUAAACACCGUUGUACUGCAGUGGCUAACCCGGAUCUACAACCGAGGAUCACUGACUAUUGAACCAUCUGAUAGAAAAAUCGAGGAAGCAAUUGAAAACUUCCAGACUAAACUGGGCUUCUAUUUAUGCGAAAACUACGCAAAUGCCAUUAUCGAUCAAUUUUUUGGAAUUAUCAUCGACUUUCCAAUGUCGCAAGCAGCUAUCGAUGAUCUGAAAAUAUGUUUGGAGAAAAUUGAUUUGAAAGGGCAUUUUUCAAAGACGGUGAAGCAGACGUUAGAGACUAAAUUGCUUCACCCGGGAGUUGAUACACCUGAUAUUUUGACCGGCUACGUGGCUGCUAUAAAAACGUUGCGUCAUCUAGAUCAGACUGGAGUUCUGUUGCAAACGAUAACGGAACCAAUCAAAGAGUAUCUAAGAAGCCGCCCAGAUACAGUUCGCUGUGUAGUAACGGGUUUGACCGAAGAAGGAUGCUCGGAUCUUUCGGAAGAACUUGCCAAAAGUGAACAUUUGAAGGUAAAGGAUAAUGUUAACGAAAAACUAGAACUGACGGAUUGGGAAAACUGGAAUCCUGAUCCAAUCAAUGCGGACGCGGUGGUGGCGAAAGAGUCUCAAUCAGGUAGGCCGUCGGAUAUAAUUUCGAUGGUUGUCGAUAUUUACGGCAGCAAGGAAUUGUUUGUAAAUGAGUACCGUAACCUGCUGGCCGAACGGCUGCUUUCACAACUGGACUCAAACCCUGAUAAAGAGUUCCGCAAUCUAGAGCUUUUGAAGCUACGAUUUGGCGAAACACUUUUGCACAGCUGUGAAGUAAUGCUAAAAGAUAUCGAUGAUUCGAAACGCAUAAAUUCGCAUAUUCUAUCCGAAGAGUCAGGAUUUGUGCAGGAUCGUCCCUUUGAAAUUUCCGCUUUAAUAGUUUCGUCGCAAUUUUGGCCAACAUUUAAAAAGGAAACUAUGGAAUUGCCCGAAACUAUCAAGCAUAUGUUUGAUCAAUACACAAAGACAUUCGAGUCGUACAAAGGUAAUCGCACCCUGCAUUGGACGCCACUAAACGGAAAAGUAGUUAUUGAACUGGAAUUAGAUGGAAAAAUUACAGAGAUGCAGGUUACUCCGGCUCAAGCCACUAUAGCAAUUCAUUUUAGCGAACAACGGGAGUGGGAAUUGGAAAAGCUAGGUCACAAGAUGAAUAUGCCACCAUCUAUUCUGCGAAAACGUUUAAUAUUUUGGCAGUCUCAAGGACUAAUUCGUGAAACACGGGAGAACUUCUUUGUACUGAAUGACAAUGUUAGUAAACGAGACUCGGCGGCAGACCAGCAUGUUCUGCAAGCACCUGAUGUUUGUGACGACGAGGAAGCAGAAAGUGCAAUGGAAUCGGCUAGUGACCAGCGAGAAGAGGAAUUGCAGGUGUUCUGGUCUUAUAUCGAGGCGAUGCUUACUAACUUGGAUUCGCUACCGUUGGAUCGCAUUCACCAGAUGCUUAAAAUGUUUGCCUCUCAAGUGGAUGUUUCUCAAGAAGAACUUAAGGGCAUCCUGCAAAGAAAGGUGCGAGAGCACAAGCUAGUUUACGCCGGAGGAGUGUAUCAGUUACCGAAGGCUUGACAUUUCGAUUAUCAUAAA